GCACCGCCACCGCCGGGCGUGCUGUUUCAGCCCCCAGAAGUUCCGCCAGGGCACAUCCUCGAAAUAGUCAGGAAUGCCGACGGUAAGACUAGAGGUCUGGUUCAAAUGCUGUGAACAAGAACGAAAAAAAAAAUCGAUAUGGAAGUACAGCAGUCGUGCUUAUUUUAAUUCGAUAUGUGAGUACAGCAGUGCUUCUUUUAAUUUUUGGUACAACCUUUACGAAUACGAACUCAGGCUCAAAUCCGUUUGAAUUUCAUGGCAGGUACGGAAGUUCACACAGUCAGGCCGGCAACCGAAGCGGCACCACCACCACUCCAGCUAGUAUCUGUUUGAUUUUGUGUCUCUAAGUAUGUCUUUCAAUGCCGAAGAACGAAAAAGAAAACUACAUCAAAACGAUCAGCAGAGGCUAGCAUUAGCUCUUGUGUGAAAAUCAAUCGUCAUUUUUAGUGAUUUUGUUUUCUUCGACUGGCAACGACAGGUGGACCCAGCGACGCCAGCCCAACAACUUCCUCCUGGCGUGCUGGUCCCAACCACGUCCUCCGCCAGCGCACCGCCACCGCAGCCGCCGGAGCGGGGCCCGCCGCCAAGUGAGUACCUCUCGGCGAGCGCCCCGGGAGAAAAAGAGAUCGAGCGGGACGAUUUCGCGACAAGGAAACCGGACGUUUAUGACUAUUUUCGCACAAAGAAUGUUGUUCAGAGCAAGGAGGCGCCCGGAUUGUGGGACAUACAUCUUUACAACGGAAUGUGCCGCGAUAAACAUGUGGCCGACUUUAUGGACUGUUUGGAAGCAUGGUACUUAAGCUUUAUUGAACAAAGCUUUUCUAGUGGUAAGACCGCCACUGCCGUGUCUUCAAUGCUCGCGAAAGUGCAUCACUAGCAGCAGCCUCCGUCUGCCUGCGGUGAAUAAAACGCUAUUACAAAAAUAAUGCAAGAAGCUUGUUUUUCUUUUUAUCACGCUGUGGCUGUCGCCUACUUUGUUUUAAGUUCCUGCGAACGAUUUGCGAUCUCCUUCUUACAGGUGUACGCGCUUGAUGGGUGAAAAGCCUUACCACAUCCACCGAUUCAACCUGUCCGGUAACGACCUGAGUGAUAGCGCCGUGAAGAAAAUCAUAGAAACGCUCAUGACCCUCGAAAUCCGCGUGGACGUGCUGGACUUGACAAAAAACAAGGUACUUAAACAAAAAUGAAGCAUACCAGCUUUUAUUUUGUACAUUUAUCAUCGAACUGAAGAAUUAUCGUCCAGAUGUAUCCUAAUGAUGGCAAGUAGAAGAAUAUAGAAGGUGUUAUUUGUGUUUUUUACAAAAAGAAAUACAGGGAGGUUGUGGAUGAGAAGCUAACCGGCAUUGGUAACCAUGUCCGUAGACAGUGAAAAGUAAAAAGUGAUUCAUCACAUGAAAUAAAACAGAUCCAAAGCGAUGCUGCUUCAAAGAUUGCGGACUACGUCUGGAGUACGGAACCCUUGAGUGAACUGCUACUGGAUCGCAACCUGCUCGGCUUCGAGGAUGUAAAUUCUGUGCUGCGCGCGUGCUACAACCACAGCGGUUAUCCCAUUCGCAAGUCCUACGGCCUUCCCAUUCCUCUCAAGCUCGGAAUCACCAACAAUCCGAUCGUGGCUGAAAGUAUUGAGUUGUAAAUUGUUUGCCACGGAGUUUUGUCGGCGCUAGGAUGAAGGCAGAUGUUUUUCAUACUGAAUUUCAUUUUCCGUUCCGUUUUCGUUGGAACAAGUACUUAUGCAUUGUUUUUUUCAUCGAAGAAACCUCUUCACAAACAAUAUCCCAGAUCGCGUCGGGGAGUUGCUGAACACAAUACGAAAGCAGGGCGGAAAGGAGCGCGUUUGGUUCUGUAACUGCGAGGAAGAUCUUUCCGAGAAGGAGCUGGAGAGGCACCGCGAAAAGCUUGAGACCUGCUACCUUGCGGUCCACAUGCCGGGCGCCUUCACCGGCACCGACGACCGCACAGCGGUCCGGCGGUCGAGGUCGCGGACGCGGACGAGGAAGCGCCAGCGAAAAGAAGCUACCAGCGACGACGAGGAGGACGAGGAAGAGGAGCAGGAGGUUAUCAAAAAGAAAAAUCCCCCCUCCCCAUAUCGGAAACGAAAUUUGUGAUGCUGUAUUUGAGUACACAAAUCGGCUUGUAUUGCUAGAAGGCCAAGAGACGCAGUUGUGGCCUGAGUUGCAGGCAAUUCGUCAUGCUGUUUCCCACUUCCAGUUGCCUCGCGUCAUGCUGGAGAUGCAAUACUUUCCCACGCUAGCUAGCACUACAGUCCGCAUCUUUUGCCGUCUAGCAUCACAAAGCUGAUUUGUGACCACAAAUCUGCAUCACAGAUUUUCGUUUUGAUAUGGGGAGGGGGGUUUUUUGUUCUUGAUAGAGGUGUCCGAGCAGCGACCCGCUCGUCAGGGCCGCCGGAACGCCGAACGCGACAAAAGGUCCUGAGCUCGUGGAAGAAAACUACACGGAAUAUAUCUACAAAAUGAAGCAACUUGUUUUUCCAUUCCGCGCCGCUGACGGAGUGAGUCUACGGGAAACAUCAAUGAACAGAAGCGUGAUGAAAAUGAAAAAAUGAAGCCGCUAGGAUGUUGUACAAAAAGAAAUGCGUAAAGAAAAACCGAGCCCAGACGUUUUUUUUUUCCGUCCGUCUAAAU